CGGGUUUAUGCGCAGUCAUACACUCCAUGAUUGCACAAUCGCAAGCAAAGUAAGGGGAUGGUUGGCUGAGCGGCUGAUGUCGAACAAGGUGACGAUCGAAGCGUCACUCACACAGCCGUCGAUGGUGGGAACUGAUUCUCGCUAAAAACCCCGUACCUGCAUAAUAAUUCACUUUGCACGCCAUGCUCUAGAAUGUUCUCGCAUAUCCAAGCGCUCCCAGGUAGUUGUGGCACGUGGCUGUUCAUAUCAAUGAAGGUGAUAUUGGAAGGAGCAUGGUGCGACGGAUGCUAUCCGAGAUUAACGCCCUUGGAACAAUCCCUGCGACAAGCCGAACAUGAAACCCAUGAUGGCCGGAUGUGGUUACCGAUGCUAGACCAGUUUCUACCAAAAGUAGAACACGAGGUCGUGCGCGUGCCCAUCGGGACCACCGCGUCGUUUUCCUGUACGCCACUGACAACGGGAAUUCCUGAUCCCCUGCAACUGGUAUGGCGACACAACCUCUGACGAUCGCCGCCAACACCACUCCGCCGACGACGUCCGAGGCGUAUUUCUACACCCGCACUAUACACCAAAAUGCCAGCCAUUUCUUUAUCCAUAACAUGACCUUUUAUGCCAACGGCGACGUCCAGUGCCUGCAGUAUAUUAAUGGUAGCGACGAAUUACGCGUGAUUAAGCAUUGGGAGCUGGUGGGGAAAUUCCACUCAGCUAAGCAAGUGUUUGCCGGUGAGAUGACAACAGUUCGAACACGCGCCACCGAAAUCUUCACGUUUUCGACAAUUGCUUUCACAUGCAAAACCACAUUUAAUUGCAUAUGCGGUAGACACCCGCCUAAAUUUAUCUGGAAACUGGACGAUAAGUUUGUCGUUGUCUCCAAAAAACCACCCGGGCUGCGGGAGUUCUUGAUGGAAGCGUAUGACUCCAAAACCACUGACCUUUUAAAUCCGCUGGGUGUGACGUUCAAGAAUAUUUCGUGGGGGUGCCGGGAUGUCGACCAUCCGCAUCAAGGACCCUGCCAGAUGACCAUGCGCGCCUACGAGUGUAUUUCACUCCGCGAUCAACCGUUAGUCGUGCAGUGCUGGGUGCAACCCGACCGUACCCGCAAUGUAUGGUUCGUCCAGAAAGCCACUUUUAACAACCUUGGGGAAAGAAUUUAAUUUUUCUCGAUUUUCUGUGCAGCGUUGUCACAUUAAUUUUGCGGUUUACGGUUGACCAAGCGCAGCUGCGAUCUUUUGACCUUUAGAAUCAUCCUGCGAUCAUGGUUUUGGAGAGCCACAUCUGCUUUACUGAGUACUCUAGAUUUUUCGUGGGAUUUCUUUAACUGGUCAGCAAGCGCCAAAA